AAUGUCAAACGGUCACCAACAGCAAAUAAUAACCGAAAAUAAUAAUAAUCCAAAUAUUCGUCGAUAUAUUUCUCAACUUUAUGUUAUUCCCGCAGUUGAUGCCUCCGAAGCUGGAAAAGGACAAUUAGAAAUUUCUGUUAAUCAAGGACAAGUUCCAAAUAAUGUUCAAAUGCAAGACGCGGGUCGUUGUCUUGUAACAUUUAUUCCUCAACAUGCUGGAACUUAUGUUAUUGAUGUUACUUUUAAUGGACUUCAAGUACAUGGAUGUCCAAUAAAAGUAGAUGUACGAGAGAGACAAGUUGGAAAACCAGUUACUGCUUCCCCUCCUCCAACACGCGGCCCUUCAUCUUCUGCCUAUUUUUCAUCAGCAUCCCCUCAAGCAGCACCUUCUCCUUCUUAUACAGCAGCAGCACCCUCUCCAUCAUCUACUCCACAACUUCCCCGUUCUCCCCCACUUGUUGCUGGAGUGGAAGCAGCAUUGUUAGGGGGUUACACUGUAGCUCAAUAUGGAAAUGGAGGUGGUGGAGGAAUACCUUCUACUACAAAACUUAAGCCAUCCCCAUUAUCUACUCCGCCCUCUACACGUCCAAAACCAAAAUUAUUUGAAGAAAAAGAAAUACCAAUAUCUAGACCAUCAAUGCCAGAAGCUGCUCAACUCGAAAUGACUCGUUCGGCUGAAAUGACUCUUUUUAGAGAUAUUCCGAAAACACCGGUUACUACACCUGUUGAGACUGGAAGGGAAAUACCUAUUCAACAUUCCUUUGAACGAAUUCCUCCCGAACAUUACCAACCAAAAGAAAAUCCAAUAAAAAUAACACAAAAAUUCAAUGAUUUACCUUAUGCCCCAUUAGAUCAAAAUAUUAAAAAAACUUUGGAAUUAUUAAAUCAACAACAACAACAAGGAAUUAUUAGGGAACGAGAAAUUAUUGCCCCUCCAAUUUCCUCUUCUGCUAUUUCACCGAUAUCUACAGAAAGUGGAGCACCUCAAAUACAAACCCACAUUGUUGAUCCAUACAGUUCAGAUAUAGAAGCAAUGACUCCAGGCACUCGUAGAAGAUUAUUAGAACAUUCUGUUUAUAAAGCAGCAGAAUUAAAAGAAACACCGACAGACCACGAAGAAUCAGAAACCGCUUUAAGUUCAAAACAAUCCUCUAAAGCAACCACACCAAAAUUAAGUUUAAAAUUCCGUGGAAGUAAAGACAAAGUUGGGUCUAUAACACCCCCAACAAUGACUACAGCAACCAUUUCUGCUGCUACAGCAAGUGAUGCUUUUGACUGGGGAAAGUCUAAAAUUGCCAGUAAACAUGAGGUUGUUCGCCGAGGUAAAGAAGUGGAUGUCCGAAUAGAUUCACUCAAACUUGGAAAGGAAGACCAACUUUACGUAAUUGUUUUACCGCCAGGAAUUAUUCCCCGUCAAAAUAUGCCUAAUGAAUUACCGACAUCAGAACAAGCAUUACCUCAUAAAUUGAAAAAGUCUGGGACUAAAUCUUGGGAAAUUAGUUUUCGUCCUUCUGUUGUUGGGACACACAAAGUCCAUUUAUUUGUCAACACAAUUCCACACCCUCAAUCACCAUUUCCUAUUCGUGUUUACGACGCCUCACAAAUUGUAGUUGGAGAUAUUGUCCGUCAAAGUGUUCUAAACGACACCGUAGAAUUUACAGUAGAUGCUGGACGUGCCGGUUUUGGAAAUUUGGAAAUGGCAAUUAAAGAUAAUGAAGGGAUAAUAAUACCUUCACAUGUUAGCCAAUUAGAAGCUGGGGCAGCUAAAUUUCUUGUUACUUUUACUCCUAAUUUACCAGGAACUCAUACAGUACAUAUUACAUUUAAUAAAGAAGUUGUGACUGGAAGUCCUUUUGAAGUACAUAUUGUUGAACCACAAAUACUUGGACAAGAAUCUCAAAUUUCGAAAAAAAGUAAAAAGAAGGACAAAAAAAGUAAAGAAAAACAUUCUUUAAAUGGAACACAAAGAGGGGAACCUCCAACAGCUGCAAUGUCCCCAACAGCUAGUGGAAGACCGAUGGUUAGCAAAUUACCCUCUUUAAGCCGUGUUGGACAACCAGUUGAUUUAUUGGUUACGUUAUCAAGACCUGAUGAUUUGGUACAGGCACAAGUUUUUGAUUUGGACAGAGAACCAUUAAAUAUAGAAACAUUCCCCGAUUAUUCUAACAAUACUUGCAAAUUACAAUUUAUUCCAAAACGUGUUGGAGAUCAUGAAGUAGAAAUUCGGGUUGCUGGGACCGAAAUUGAUGGUUCUCCUUUUACUUGUCGUGUAUAUGAUCCAACAAAAAUUUUGGUUGGGAAUAUACCUGAUGGGGCUGUUGACAAACCUGUUAGUUUUGUUGUUGAUGCGAGUCAAGCAGGUGUUGGCAAUUUAGAAGUGGCUGUAAAUGAAGGGAAAAUUCCCUCGAUGGCUUAUGCUCUAGGACAACACAAAUACGAAAUUACAUUUAUACCUAAAGAUCCAAUAGAUCAUCGAGUAUCUGUUCGAUUUAAUAAUGAAUAUGUCCCGGGUUCUCCAUUUCUUUGUCGUUUAAUUAAUACUUCUUCUACCCCUUCCUCUCCUCCCCAACAACAACAAUUACCACAGAAACAACUUUCAUCCCCAAAAUCAUCACCCCCUCGCCAAAUAGGAGCAUCAGGUGCAGGUUUAGAACGUAUUCCUGUUGGACAACCAACAGAAUUUUUUGUUGAUGGGCAGUCUUUGAUUGAAGGAAUACAAACAACCACAACAGAUUUAUUGCCCAAAGUUCAAAUAAUUGACCCAAGAGGUGAACUUUUACCUGUAGAUAUAGCUGCUUAUGAAGAAGAACCUAGUCGUUCUAUUAUUCGUUACACACCAAAAAGUAUUUUUGUUAAAUUAAAUAAUCAACCAAUUCCUGGUUCUCCUUUCAUAGCAAAAGCUUUUGAUGCAAGCUGUGUUGGGCGUUCUUGCGCUUUUACAAUAGAUGCAGCUAAGGCUGGGGCUGGUAAUAUGGAAAUUAUUGUGAGCGUGGAAAAGAGAAAUGUUCCAAAUUAUGUACAACCAGAAGGGCAAGCUAAAUUUAGAGUUACUUUUACUCCACAAGAAGCUCUAGAACAUUUAAUUAGUGUGAAAUUUAAUGGAAUAUCUGUUCCUGGAAGCCCUCUUUGUUGUCCAAUCCAACCAUCUUCUGUCCAACGUUCUCCUCGACCUGUUAGAGCCGGUACUGAAUUACCUAUUCAACAACAAUUAGAGGAACAACAACAAUUACUUGUUGUUCCACAACAGCCAACAUCUGUUGAGACUAAGGGAGAGGAGGAAGAGGAAAUUAAACUUGUUGGAGAUUUGGCUAGUGCAAUUGUUGAUGAACCUAAACGAUUUAGUAUUGAUGCCCCGCCAGGAAUUGGAAGAAAAGUUGAAUGUAAUGUUAUUGUUGUUGGACCGCACAAACGACGUAUUCCGGUGGAUAAACAACGUGUAGAUGGUGGAAGUUUUGAUAUUACUUUUACGCCGACCCAAAUUGGAAAUUAUCACAUCGAUAUCCAAAUUAACGGCAAAUCCUUAGCUAUAUGUCCAAUUCUUUGUAAAUGUUUUGAUUCGAGAAAAAUGCCAAAAAUAACCAAUGGAGAAGGGGAACCUUUACAGAAAGGAAAUAAAUGGAAUGGGCCUUUUUGUGGAAAAGAUUUUAUGUUUGAAGUUAAAUUACCAAAAAGAACAAAAAAAGACCAACUUAUAACAGAAAUGUUUGCCUUCCCUUUAAUUCAACAACAACACAAACAACAACAAAAAAUAAAUAUUCCAGUUAAUUUAGAUAUGCAUCCAAAUGGGGAAAGUGCUCUAUGUUCGUUUAGAGCAUUGCCUAAACCACACAAUUAUUUGUUUACACUUUAUCGAGAUGCCUGUAUACUAGAUGAACGUUCAUUUGACGCUAUUCCAGAAUCUUCUAAUGACGAACCAAUCAAACUUGUUGAAUUUAUUCAGCCAGUUUUGGUUGAACAUUCUGCACGUUUUUUGUUGGCUAAAACUGGGAAGAAUAUUAAAUUAUUGGAUGAGGAUGGAUUGCCUGAAUUACAAAUUUUUGAUAUUCUUGGCAACGAAUUACCAGUACAUAUUCGAAUAAUUGAUGGAAAUACGAUCCGUGCAGAUUGGCAGCCGCAAACAGAAGGGAAGCACCAAUUAUUUAUUCGAGAUCGUUUUGGAAAUAAUUUAUGUGGAUCCCCUCUAAUUAUUAAUGUACUUGACCUUUCGGCUGUCAGAGUUAUUGGAUUGAGAAAUGGGGAUGUUGUUGGGGUUGAACAGAAAUUUACUCUUGAUUGGUCUAAUUCGGGUGGACAAAGUGCUUCUGUCUCUAUUUGUCAUAAAUCUGAUAAUGAACCGGUUAAAAGUCUAAUGAUGAAAAGAGUUAAGAAAGGUAUUCAUUCAAUUGCUUUCACACCUCGAUUACCUGGAUUACAUUUAAUUACAGCAAAAAUUGAUGGAGUUGAAUUGCCUGAAUGUCCAUAUGAAUGUAUAAUUAGCGAUCGAGGUUCUCCACGUGCUCGUGGUGAUGCACUUAACAGAGCUCAAAGAGGGAAAACUGCUCGGUUUGAAGUUAGUCCAGGCACAAGUGGAAGUGGAGCGACAGAAUUGGAUGUUAUAGUAACUAAUCCCCAGGGCAGUCCACUUCCUGUUCGUUGUUAUAAACAACAAGAUGAUAGUUAUUGGGUUGAAUUUACUCCAGAAAUUUGUGGUCCACAUCGUAUUGAAGUUACUUUUGGUGAUGAACCCCUUAUUGGUUCACCUUUCCUAUGUGAAGUAAUAGACCCAAAACGGGUUUAUGUACGUGGUAUAGACCGUCCAUUUUCUUUAAGGACAUUAUCUAAUUUUAUUGUUUCUCGAAAAGCAGCAGGAGAUGGGGCUUUAAAUGUUGAAUUAGUUGAUUCACAAAAUGAGACAUUAAAAUUAGAUAGGACUAAAAAUUCUGUCGGUGAAGAUUCCUUUACUUUCCUCCCAACACGCCUCGGUGUUCAUCGUUUAUCUGUCCGUUUAGCUGGUUUUGCCAUUCCCUCCUCUCCAUUCCAAAUUGUUGUGGAAGAACAAAAAACUUCCCCUACCGUUUAUGGUGCUGCUUUAGAUUAUUCAAUUGAAAGGGCACAGCAAGCUUCAAUGAUUUUUGAUGCAAAUAAACAGCCUGGGGGGUUAAAGGUUGAAGUAAAAAGUCCUAGUGGUGAGAAAGUUCGUUAUACAACAAAUAGAAGACCCGAUGAAACAACAGAAAUUGCUUUUAGACCACAAGAAAUUGGAAUAUAUGAAGUUAAUAUUGAAUUUAAUAAUCGUUUAGUUAAUGGUUUGUUUCUAAAAAUCAUUCGAAAAAAAUUCUCUAAAUUUUUAGGGAGUCCAUUUCCAGUAACGGUUGUUGACCCAACAAAAGUUUUAAUUAUUUCUGAUGAUAGAAAACAAAUUAUUAGGCCAGAUGGAAUGUUACAAUUAUUUGUUGGUCAAAGAAAUGUUAUUAAUUUGGAUUGUAGUGAGGCUGGACCUGCAAAAAUCAGAGCUGAAGUUAGGGAUGCCGAUGGGGAAUUAUUACCUUUAGAACAACAAACACAAGUACAUCCUUUGGAUAAUGGAAAAUUCCAAUUAUUAUUUACUCCUCGCAAAUCUGGAAAAUAUAAAAUUUAUUUAUAUUGUUCUGAAUUGGUUGUUCCAAAUGCUUACCCAAUACUUGCAAUUGCUGAACAAUCUAAUAAAAUGCCAACACACGUAUCAGAAAUGAAUGGAGAACGGCAAAGAAGACAUAAGGAAGUUGUUGAAGAAGCAGCAGAAAGUGAAAUAAUUGAAAGAAAAGAAUUAAUUUUGGGAAAUGAGGCUAUGGGAAAAUGUACAGCGACAUUACUUGGUGAUAGAGCUGAUAUUCCUGUUAAAUUGAGUGCUUUGGGAAAUCAAGGUGUUUAUACUCCAUUGGUUGAUGGUAAAUAUCAACUUUCUGUUAAAAUUGAUGGAAAUCAUGUUCCUGGAUCUCCCAGCAUUGUUAAUGUGAAAGCCCCUGAAAUUUCUCCAGCUCAAUUAAUUGAAGUAGAUGGACGUCCAUUAAAAAUGGGAAUUUUAGGAGAAGAUAUGCAAACAUUAAUAGAUGCUAGGAGAGCUGGACCAGGUCAAAUAUCUGCACAGUGUUCGGGUACAAGUCAAUUGGAAUAUUGUGAACUUUUGGAUAAUGGAGAUGGAACUUAUAUGUUACGUAUACAACCAAAAGAAUUAGGCAAACAUACACUUUCUGUUAAAUAUGAAAAUGAGCAUGUACGUGAUAGUCCAUUCACAUUCAAUGUGAACCAUCCACCAGACCCUUCAAAAGGCAAUUUUUAG